AUGACUCCCCCACCGCUAAACAAUGAUGUUCCAAUUGGACAUCGACGAAAAAGCUUCAUAUCGUCUAUUCAAGGAGCCAUAAGCACAAAUAAUCAGAAAGCAGAUCGAGCAAGACCAUAUUCACUCAUUAGCAGAUGCUACGCUGAAUUCCUAGGAACUUUUAUUUUUAUUUUCAGCGGAACCAUGCAAGCUAAUGUAUAUGAUAUCAGUCAACCUGUUGGUCUUAGUCAUGCAGCAUUGACCCAUGGCUUCGCAACAAUUGUCGUGAUUGCAGUUUUUGGGAAAAUCAGUGGCGCUCACUUAAAUCCAGUCGUUUCCUGGGCGAUGGUUUUGUGUCAGAAACUACCACCACUCGCACUCCCAUUCUACAUGGCAUCUCAAUUCUUUGGAGGUUUCUGUGGAAAUCUUUUAUCUGCAUGCUUGCAAAGAAAGCGAGACUUUCUUGUUUGGGAGAAUUAUUCCAGUAUCCGAUACACUCUUCCAUCGCAAGGUGUUGAGUAUGGAUACGAUAAAGUUCAUAACUCAACUUAUGAGAAGACGAUUCUUCUGACGACCCAACUAUCUGCAACAUCAUCUGGAAUAACUCAUUUAGGAGUUAAUCAUGAAUGGUGGGAGGGAUUGAUGAGUGAAACAAUUACCACUUACUUCUUCGUAACUGUCAUUCUCAUGCUAGUGGUGGAUAGUGAGCCGACGGAAGCAACUCCUCUGUACCUUGGAUUGAUGGUUAUCGUCAAUAUCUUUGCAACGGCCUCAAUCACUGGCACUGCUAUGAAUCCAGUUCGUGCAUUGUCUCCAAACGUUGUAGCUGAAAUUGUUCUAUCAACAUCUUCUCUCCCUUCUAAAUUUUGGACUUACCACUAUAUUUAUUGGGCGGGACCCUAUCUUGGCUCCACAAUCGCCGUGCUUGGCUACAAACUGCUCCUCUCAAAAAACGAUCGCCUCAUUCCAUGA